AGAAGAAAGCAGUUUCAUCAUUUUCUUUCCUUCAAAAAGUGAAUGCAAAAUCAAUGGCUCCGACUAUCAGAACCAUCGGAACUUACGCUACUCAGCAAAGGUACCUAGUCGAUUUCUUUGGAGAAGAGUUUAUCGUCAUCGUAACGCCGGAUCCAUCCGUUAUCGGCCAAUGGAUUCACGACGUCCUAUCCCACAACCGCUUCUCUUCCCACCCUCUCGUUGUUGGAGUCGGCGUUCAGUGGACACCCUCUAGUUAUUACUCUGCUUCUUCACCGGUUCGUUAUCGCUCCGAUUCUCCUCCGGUUCGUUAUCGUUCCGACUCUCCACGGGUUCGUCGUCGCUUCGAUCCUCCGGCGGAUACUCUGCAGCUAUGCGUUGGUAAUCGAUGUAUCAUCAUCCAGCUUUCUCACUGUGAACGAGUCCCGCAGGUCCUCCGUAAUUUCCUGGCGGAUCGCGAUUACACUUUCGUCGGUAUUUGGAAUAGUCAAGAUGCGGGAAAGCUUAAACGAUCUAAACAUGAGUUGGAGAUUGCGGUGCUUUUGGAUUUAAGGAAGUUCGUUUCAGAUUCGAGUGGAAGGACCAUGAAGCGUUGUUCGUUUGAAAAGAUUGUCGAGGAAAAUUUGGGUCAUUCAGGAGUGAGGCUAGAUCGAAAGGUAAGCAGGAGCGAUUGGCGCGUUUACGACCUUCGCUACGUUCAGAUUCUUCAGGCGUCGAUAGAUGUUUAUGCGUGUUGCAAGCUUGCUAUUCUUGACCACCUUUGGGAGUAUUGAGUAAACGUCUCAAUGGAAUCCAUGUUAUGUUGCAAAUCUUUGAAUCCUUGUUUUAAAGUUGUUGUUAAAGACCAAUCUUGAAUCUUUUUCCUCUUGUUAGAUUGUUUGUGACAUUUCUCUUCUUUUUUUUUCCAGACGGUCGUUUAUUUCUUCCAUGAAUAAAUUAGUAAAAGCA